GUUGAUUGGCCAUAUAAAGGCCGCAAGGUGGAAAAGUCUUUCCUCUAUGAAAUUGUGUCAAACAAGCUAAAUGGGAUCGAUGUGGACAAGUUUGACUACUUCGCCAGGGACUGCCAUCAUCUUGGGAUCAAGAACAAUUUUGACCAUCUGCGCUACUUCAAGUUUGCCAGAGUGGUAGAGGUGGAUAAAGAUCCAAGAAAACACAUCGGCUCAAGAGACAAGGAGGUGGAGGAUCUCUAUAAUUUGUUCCAUUCAAGGAACCUUCUCUACAGACGAGUCUGCCAGCAUAAAGUAACCACUAGUGUACAAAUAAUGAUCAAAGAUGCUCUCUUAAAGGCAAAUGAACACAUUAAGAUUAAGGGCAAAGAUGGAGACCUGUUAACUCUUUCUGCUGCAAAAGAUGACAUGGUGGCCUACACCAAACUGACAGAUCAAGUAACUGAAAGAAUAUGGGCGUUGGACGAUAGUGGGCUGGACAGUGGCGCAGUGGUUAGUUUGAACGACGCAAGAAUGAUACUAGAGGAAAUCAUGAAACGAAAUUUGUACAAGUUGGUUGGUGAAGCCAAGGUUCGACGACUCGACAAGACAAUACCAAAGGAGACAAUUGAGAAACUGGAACAAGAACUGAAAGAAGACUUGACAAAAGAUGAAUUUGAUUUUAAGAGUGGCUUUCUGGAAGUGGUG